AUGCCCCUCAACUCCAGAGCUGUUUACGGCCGCGAGAACGCAGCAUUCGUGCCAUUCGCGAGUCGCCGCAGUACCGUCCACAGCACGAAUGGCAUGGUCACAUGUACACAACCGCUGGCCGCGGCAGCGGGGCAGAAGAUUCUGAGUCAAGGAGGAAAUGCGGCAGAUGCAGCCGUCGCUGUCGCGGCGGGGUUGAACAUGACCGAACCCGGCUCCACGGGCAUUGGUGGUGAUAUGUUUUGUCUCUUUUACGAUGCCAAAACCAAAAAGGUGCACUCUCUGAACGGAUCGGGUCGGUAUCCCGGUGAAGCCACCUUGGAGAAAGUGCGGGAGAAGCUCAAUCUUGCGCCCGGCACCCCGGGAGAAAUCCCCAUGCUUAGUGCACUGGCGACUACCACGCCCGGCGCCGCAGCAGGAUGGGUUGAUACCGUAGAGAAAUUUGGCAGUGGCAAGUUGUCCCUCGAGCAGAUCCUCGCACCGGCGAUUGAGUUGGGUGAAAAUGGGUUUCCCGUAUCUGAACUGUCAUCUCAUGGGUGGCAAGCAAGUGAGGAGGAUAUCCGCAAUGCAUCACCCAACUUCCGAGAAAUGCUCAAGGACGAUCCCUCGGCCAAGGAUGGCGUGCGAGCACCCCGUCCUGGAGAGAUCAUGAAGAACCCAACCCUGGCAAAGACCUUCCGCACUCUUGCUACGGAAGGAAAGAAAGGAUUCUAUCACGGUCGUAUUGCCGAGGCCAUCGUCAAAGUGGUGCAGGAUUUCGGCGGUCUGAUGACCCUGGACGAUCUUGCCUAUCAUGCUGAGGUGGGCACACAGGAGACAGAGGCCAUCUCUAUCAAAUUUACCGGUCAGGAUAUUGUGGCCAAGGCGACUCGCGGGACGGAUGGUGAUGCCAACCAAGGUGUCGAAGUGUGGGAGCAUCCACCGAACGGCCAGGGCAUCGUUGCGCUGAUGGCCCUAGGAAUCAUGGAAGAGUUGGAGCGCCUGAACAAGAUCCCGCGGUUCACCGAGGCGCAGCACAACUCGGCCGAGUACCUGCAUGCGGUGAUCGAGUCUCUUCGCAUUGCCUUUGCCGACGCCGCAUGGUGGGUGACAGACCCGGACGCCGAGAAGGUUCCUGCCAAGGGUCUUCUGGACCGUGAAUACCUCGCUGAACGCGCCAAGCUGUUUUCGCCGGACCGAGCAGCCGAUAUUAUGGAUCAUGGUAGUCCUGCGCACAAUCACUGCGACACUGUGUUUUUCGCAGUCACCGACGGCGAGGGGAAUGGAAUCUCAUUCAUCAACAGCAACUACGCCGGCUUUGGUACGUCGAUCAUCCCCGAAGGUUGUGGAUUCACCCUCCAGAACCGUGGCGCCAACUUCUCGCUGGAGGCGGGACACCCCAAUGUCCUGGCCCCUCGCAAGCGUCCCUACCACACUAUUAUUCCGGCCUUGAUCACCAACGUCUCCGAUGGAUCACUGCAUUCUGUCUACGGUGUGAUGGGAGGUUUCAUGCAGCCUCAGGGACACGUGCAAGUCCUGUUGAAUAUGCUGGCAUUUGGAUAUCAUCCUCAGGCGGCGCUUGACUCUCCCCGUAUUUGUAUCGCGGCACCCACGUCAGAGAGCACAGACCGUACCAUCUGGGUGGAAGAAGGCAUCAGCGAAGAAGCCGUGGAGGGUCUUCGACGGCUCGGCCACAAAGUAGAAGUGUUGAGCGAGUGGAAACGAAGCAUGUUUGGUCGGGGGCAAGUCAUUCGUCUUCACUACGACGAAGGUACGCUGGUGCACAGUGCUGGCAGCGACCUGAGAGGCGAUGGUCUUGCUUUCCCGUUGCUUUAG